AUGUGCAAAUCCAAAAUGGGAGUCAAUGCUUCAGAGCCAACCCGAGCACGAUCACGAUCGAGUCAAUCUCAAUCUCAGGGAAGGAAUCGCCGUACUCCAACGACGAAUCGAUCACCGUCAACGAGCACAACCACCGGUACAACAACCACAUCAACCUCAAAUUCUAGCAAAACCGGUGCUUCUUCUUCCUCAGUCGCUAGUCGAACAUCUCUCGCUAGUCUCCGAGAAUCCUUACCGGAAAAUCCACACAUAUACGACGUCUCCGAAAUCCGUACAGCCACCAACAAUUUCCUUGCUAAUCGUCUAUCUUCCUCUUCCUCUAAAGCUUCGUGGCGAUGCAAUCUGAGAGGGAAAGAGGUCGUUGUGUUUCAGAGAAAGUUUAGACGGAGAAUCGCUAAAGAUGAGCUUAGAGAUCGCCUUUCCGAUACCUGCCGGAGUCACCACGGAAGCAUAAUCAAUCUCCUCGGAGCUUCAAUUUCCGGCGGCGGAGGAGGAGGAGGCGAUCACAUCUAUCUGGUAUACGAAUUCGUCAACGGAGCAUCUCUUGCAGAUUGCUUGAGAAACCCUAAGAACCCUAAUUUCACAGUUUUAUCGAAUUGGAACUCGAGGAUCCAAAUCGCGACGGAUCUAGCUCACGGGAUCGAUUACAUCCACAACAAAACUGGAUUGAAGAUCGAAAACCUCGUUCACAAUCACAUCAAAAGCUCUGCGGUGAUCGUGACGGAGCCAGAUUUCAACGGUAAGAUCUGUCACUUCGGAACGGCCCAACUCUGCGGCGAAACUGAAGAAAUGUCGCCGGAGAGAGACGAAUCGAGGAAUCCGAAACGAUCUGAAAGCAGAGCGAUUAGAUUCGAAGGAGUGAGAGGUUACAUGUCGCCGGAAUUUCAAGCGUCGGGUAUCGCUACUCAGAAAUCAGACGUUUACGCUUUCGGAGUCAUGUUGCUGGAGCUUCUCUCCGGCGAGGAGCCGUUGAAAUACAGGUACGAUAAAUCGACCGGAGAUUUCGAGCGUACGUCGGUGAUCGAAACCGCGAAAGCGGCGAUGGACGGCGGAGAUAGCGAUAGAGAGGGGACGUUGAGGAGAUGGAUGGAUCGGAGAUUGGGGGAUUCGUUUCCGGUGACGGUUGUUGAGAAGUUAACUCGGCUGGCUUUGGAAUGCGUGCUAGAUGAUCCGGUGAAUCGACCGGAGAUGGGAAGAGUCGCCGGAAAAAUAUCUCAAUUGUAUUUGGAAUCGGAGAAAUGGUCGGCGAGUAUGAAACGCCCAACAGAUAUCACCGUCUCCUUCGCUCCAAGAUGA